CGCUACUUAAUAUCCACCGGUUAACUUUGAUUUAAAUUAGUAUCGCGAUCCGAAUUAGAAUACAACGUUCAAAUGUGGAAUGAUCUUGUUAGUCCAAUUGACGGAAAUUUGUGCUUCUCUUGGGGAGGGAUAUUAUGUGUAUCUCUUUUAUUUUUCGCUUGGCCUGUUUCUAUCAGGGACCAUGAGGCAUUGGAUCUGGAGUAUGUCGGGCCUAUGUAUAGCAUGAAUACAAUAUUUUAGUUUGAAAACAGAUGCAUAAUUGGAUGAAAAUUUGCUUGACACUCAAACUUGUCACAUAAAACGCAAGCUGAGAACUCAGACCA